AUGGCACAGACGGUGGUUACUGAAAAAGGCCGUGAUGCCAUUGGUCACUUAGAAGAUCCGAACGGCAACUUCGAUCGCUCAUGGAGAGAGGAGCACUGGGGCGACAAGGAAUUGAGCGUUGCGGCCCGCGAUGUCACUAGAGAUGAGAAAGAUAUGACAAUCAGAGAAGCUCUCGGGGUCUACAAGAAAGCCGUUAUGUGGUGCUUGGUUAUCUCGACUUGUGUGAUUAUGGAGGGGUUCGACACGAAUCUUCUGGGAAAUUUCUACGCAUACCCAUCGUUCCAGCGGAAGUAUGGCCAUUAUGUCGGCAUCUCGAAGCAAACCCCAACAGGUUACUCCCUUACCGCUGCCUGGCAAACUGGUCUCGGUCAAGGUUCGGGUUGCGGUUCAAUUUUAGGCACGAUCAUCAACGGCUGGUUGGUACAAGCAUAUGGACCUCGCAAGGUUCUGCUAUGCACGCUUUGUGUCAUGACUUGCUUCCUGUUUAUCGUCUUCUUUGCACCCAGCAAGGAAGUUCUCUUGGUCGGCGAGAUCCUGCUGGGUUUCGAAUGGGGGAUCUUCGCCACCACAGCUCCAGCAUACGCCUCGGAAGUCCUCCCCUUGCAGCUCCGUGUGUAUUUCACCUCGUACACCAACAUGUGCUUUAUCCUAGGUCAAUUCAUCUCGGCGGGCCUGCUACGUGGGCUUGUCCAUCGAGUCGACCAGUGGGGCUACCGAAUUCCCUUCGCUGUGCAAUGGGUCUGGCCCGCGUUCCUCAUCCCGCUGAUCUUCUUCGCCCCUGAGUCGCCCUAUCAUCUUGUCCGGCACAACAAGCUCGAGGAAGCAGAGAGGUCGAUCCGAAGGUUGCAGGCUCCCGGACCGGGACUGGAUCCCAAGAGAACGCUAGCCCAGAUCGUCUAUACCAACAACUUGGAGGAGCAACUCAGCGUGGGAACGACAUACUGGGAUUGCUUCAAGGGGUUCGAGAGACGCCGGACCGAGAUUGCAUGUGUGGUGUUUGGCGGGCAGCUCGUGUGCGGUCUUUGCUUUGCGUACGCUUCGACAUACUUCUUCCAGCAAGUCGGCUUGAGCACAGACGCGGCUUAUUCCUUGGGUUGGGGUGCAAACGGGUUGGCAUUCCUGGCUUGCUUGGCGAACUGGUUCCUUCUCAUGCCAUACUUUGGCCGCCGCACGGUCUAUCUUUGGGGCAUGUUCUUCAUGGCCACAGAGCUGUGCAUCAUUGGAAUCCUCAACCCAUGGACCGACCAUCCAUCUGUUGCGUGGACUCAGGCCGUCCUCACACUUGUCUGGACAGCUACAUUCCAGCUCAGUGCUGGCCAGCUCGGCUGGGCCUUGCCGGCUGAGAUAGGAUCCACUCGCCUGCGACAAAAAACUGUCUGCCUCGCUCGGAAUGUCUCCAACAUCAGCGGCACGGUUGGCGGAACUCUGGAGAACUAUUUUAUGAACCCAGAAGCAUGGAAUCUACAGGGAUAUACGGGAUUCGUCUGGGGCGGCUGCGCCUGGCUGGUUUUCAUCUGGGCGUACUUCCGAUUGCCUGAGACCAAGGACCGCACCUUCCACGAACUGGACAUCCUCUUCGCGAAGAACGUCCCCGCCAGGCAAUUCAAGACGACUCAGAUCGAUGAAUUCGACGAGCAUGAGCAGAACCAACUCGCGGUCCGGUACUCGGUGAGCGGGCAAGCACCCCAACGUCCGUCGUUCAUUCCGUCGGUGACCAAUGUGUUGGCGGACCAUGGACAUGCCGAAGACACCCUUGCCCAACGACGCGGAAGCAUCGUCAGUGCACAGAGUGGCUCUCGCAGACCGAGUAUCGCGCCUGCCGUUACCGAGUACUUGAAGACGCAUUGA